AUGAGCAUGUUCGCGGGGCAGAUGUCCAGGCCGUGGGUGGGGAUGGCGGCGGGCUCUGGCACGGCGUCCGAGCCCGCCGCCGCCGUCGCCAGGGACGACGCCGCGGCGGCGGCGGCCUCGUCCAUGAGGGGCGCCGACUCCUCCACCAACGCCAGCGCCAUCUCAUUCGGGUUCGCGGCCACGGCCGUCCUCGUCUCCAUGUUCCUCCUCGCGGCCAUCUUCGAGCACCUCAUCAAGCCCGGCCUGGCUUCCUCCUCCUCCUCCCGGGGCUCGCGCUCCCAUGACGACGACGACGGCGAAGGCGAAGGCCGCGGCCACGGCCACCGCCUGGGAUUGCCCCCCGCUCGACUGCGGGAGCGCGACGCGUCGCCGGACAAGCAGCUCAGUCACUCGCCCAAGGUGGAGCCCGUGGACCUGACGGUGCUGAUGCCGGGGCAGCGGUACCCGACGUUCCUGGCGCAGCCGGCGCCGCUCGCGCCUUGCCCAAGGGAAGGCGUGCUCUGGCCUUCCCACGACCAUCGCCGCUCGUUUGUGCCACCGUGA